AUGGACAAGGAGGCUUUGCGGAGGGCUCAGCAGGCUUCGCGGGCGGCCUUCCUACGUAAGGAAGCGGCUCAGCGUCAUAAGGCAGCCAACACAGUUGUCGAGCAAAAGCUGAGGGACAUUGAGCAAGGCGUCGUUCCUGCAUCUGUAGUCGAGGCGGACUUCUUGCUGCACCGCUCCGCCGAGGUAAGCACCGCGAGUGACCUUUUCGACGUCGCACGCCGGCGCCAGGCCCUCGGUGGCGAAGACGAGGCCUUGGAUCGAUGGAGCGAGCUGGCAGCAGAGCUGCAGCGUCAUUCACACCUAGCCACAUCUCCCGCCGACAUAUUUUCAGUUGCGAAGGAGGCGAACAACAAUAAUGCUCGUGUGGCGUCUGCCCAGGCCUCGGCAGAGGCGGUGGACGCGGCAUCACGGCCCCUCUCCUCCGCAGGUUAUGUGGCGAUGAGUGAGCCGGAGGUGGCGGAGCGGUUGGCAAAGAACGACUAUGUGCGAGAGAGAACGUUCAGUGAGCUCCAGGAGGAGCGUGCCGUAGCUCUGCAGGGCCAGAAGGCGCGACUUCAGCAACAGCGCAGAGGUCUGCCAAUAUUUCAAAUGCGGGAGAGGCUGGUGCAGCUCAUUCGCGACAAUCGCGUGGUAAUCAUUGUGGGGGAGACUGGAUCGGGGAAGACGACACAGCUGCUUCAGUACCUCUAUGAGGAGGGCUUCCACCUUGGACCCCAAACGCGAGAUGGGCAGCUCCCCACCCCUGCACGGUCGGCUGCUUCCUCGAUGGUGAAGACUGAGGCUAACGGCGAAGGGGAUGGCGCCCUUGCGGAGGAGGGGGCGGAAGAGGCGCUCCGACUCAUCUGCACACAACCUCGACGAAUCGCCGCCAUUAGUGUCGCAGAACGCGUCGCGCAGGAAGUAGGCUGCCCUUGUGGCAGCAUUGUAGGAUAUAAGGUGCGCUUCGAUGACAAGACGGGUCCCCUCACUCGAAUCCUCUACGUGACGGACGGUAUGAUGCUGAAAGAGUUCACCAAUGACCCCGAUCUCUCCUCGGUCGGUGCCAUUAUGGUCGACGAAGCCCACGAGCGCUCUCUGAGCACCGACAUUCUGCUCGGCCUCCUGCGCGAUGUCAUUCGUCGCAACCCGAACCUGAAAGUAAUCGUCGCCAGUGCAACCAUCAACGCUGAAAAGUUCAGCGACUUCUUCAAUAAAGCGCCGGUGUUCACUGUUAGCGGACGCACCUACCCAGUUGAGCUCUUCUACUCAGACGAGCCGGUGGCGGACUACGUGACGGAGUCGGCCCAGACGGUGCUGGCUUUGCACCUAUCGAAGCCGCUUCCCGGCGAUGUGUUGGUAUUCUUGCCGGGCCAAGAUGCCAUCGAGACGUGCGCAGAGACCCUUCAGUCGUAUUUGGACGAGGCGAAGGGCCAGAUGCGGCCACUUCUCAUUCUCCCGAUUUACUCCUCGAUGUCACCAAAGGAGCAGGCCCGCAUCUACGAGCGCACGCCGCCUGGCAUGCGGAAGGUAGUGAUCGCCACGAACAUCGCCGAAACAUCCAUCACGAUUGAUGGCGUUGUCUAUGUGGUGGACUGUGGACUCUGCAAGCAGGACUAUUACAACCCGCAGGCAAUGGUGGAGGAGCUGCGGGUGGUGCCGACAUCUCAGGCAAGCGCCACGCAGCGCGCGGGGCGAGCCGGUCGAACGCAGCCAGGUGAGUGCUAUCGGCUAUUCACGGCCUACACCUUCCACAACGAGCUGCCGCCAGAGACGAUACCAGAGAUCUUGCGCUGCUCGAUGAGUGCAGUUGUACUGCAGCUGAAAGCACUCGGCAUUCACAACCUCCUCCAGUUUGACUUUCUUGAUGCCCCGUCGACCGCGUCACUGGAGCGCGCGUUGGACCUUCUUUUCCUCCUCGGCGCCAUGAAACCGGACGGCCGGCUGACUGUCACGGGGCGACGCAUGGCUGAGUUCCCGCUGGAGCCAUCUUUGAGCAAAUGCUUGAUUCGCGCGUGCGCUCUGGGCUGCGGGCGGCACAUGGCCAUGGCAGCCGCCAUGAUCACGCUUGACAGCAUCUUCAUAAACACGCGCGAUGCCAAGGAGCGGAGUCAUAUUAAGAGCGCCAGAGAGCAUCUUUUCGGCUUUGGUAACGGUGACGUGACCGGGUACAUCCGACUCAUGGAGGAGUGGCUGCGUGCGGGCCCGCGCGCUGGCGAGUUUUGCCGCUCCAACUACAUCAACGUGCGCUCGAUGCUGCGCGCACGGGAUGUAUUGGACCAGAUUCUGAAGACGUUUGACCGCAUUGGCCUUGACGUGGAGCUUGUCUCCGCCAAUAGCGGCAACGACAGCAAGGUCCUUGACGACGACGACGGUGCGCUCGAGAAGGCACUGAGCGGUGCUGUAAAUCAGAUCGACGUGGAGUCCAUCACGAAGGCGCUUCUGUCGGGGUUCUUCUUUAAUGUGGCGAAGCUGGAGGCGAACGGCUGGUCGUAUUCGGUCGUUCGACCAAUUGACAGCGGCGUGCCAGCUGGACCGAAGCGACUCGAGAGCGUGGGCGCCGAUGACGCUUCCCUCGCCGAGAUCCACCCUGCCAGCUUUCUGUUUGCUGCCGGACGCAGGUCUACCUCGAGUCGAGAUCUUUUGGGUGCCACAGGGGCUGAGGCUGGUGUUCCCGCUGUUCUGCGAGAGAGACCCGCUCUCGUUGUGUUUCUGCAAAUGAGGCGGACAACGAAGCGCUUCAUGACGCACGUCACUGCUAUCGCGUCUGCGGAGUGGGUACUGCAGAGUGCUCCGAUAAAUUACUUCCAGCCUAAGGAGCUCGAGACAGGUUUGCGCAAACGACAACGUGCGUGA